AUGGACAACAGGCGGUUCCUGCGAAUAGGGAAGAGCGUCGUGCACGGGCGCACGGGGCCCCUGAGGGGGGACAUGGGGAACGCGGCGGAGGAGCAGGAGAUGGGGAAAGGCGCAGUGAAAGGUGACAACCCCGGGCGUGGCGGGAAUAGCGGCGGUGAUGGUAACGUUCGCGAUGGAAACCUUCGCGAUGAGAAGCCGGCCAGAGAUGCAGCGCCGAAUGAAAGCGCGCUGAACAGCCACUUCAACGCGGAGGACAGCGAAAACAACAGCGGUGAUAUUUUCGAGCAGCUGCUCCAGAGAGAACUCGCCAAGGGGGCGUUAGGCGGAGGGGUCGUGGGAAAAAACAUGAGUAAGCUGAAGGGAAGCAUGGCCCAGGGAAAGGACGAGAAGGCUCAAAAAGGGCAAACCAGUGUUCAUAGAACAUAUGACAAAAGAGAGAACAUGACCAACACCGCAAGUGCAAAUGACCGAACGGGUGGAAGCAAAAUAGGUGGCGGAGAAGAAGACACAGAAGUUCAGACAGAAGAUUUGACAGAAGAUCUGUCAAAGAUCGACUUAACAGUACGAGUAAGCAGCAGUCAGGUAAAAUUUCGAGUGCAUGGAUAUAACGAAGUGAUUAAAUGUUUCACCAGUCAAGAUAAUACGAAGGAAAAGAUGGAGAUGGUUAAUCUGCUUUUUCAAGAUGAAGACAGAGUUCUUAAAUAUCUAGGAGACAACAAUUUAAUAUGUCAGAUAAAGGCAGCCGAAAUGAUAGCAGAGUAUUUCAGUGUACUGAAGGAGAUUCACUCCUAUAACUUCAAGGAGGAGUACCAAAAUGAGGAAGAGUUAAUAAACUCGUUUGUUAACGAUGUGAAGAACAAAUUAUUUUCCAUUUUUUCAAAAAUUGAUACGGUGCUAAUUGAGAAAAUUUUAACCAACGCCAAGUCAUUUGACAGUGGUUACAACAUUGUGAGUAAGAUAAUUGAGUUUUGUUCCAGCGAUAAGAUAACCGUAAAUAUCUUAACUAUUCUGUGCGAACAUAUGCAUGGGAUAUAUUUGAAGGCAAACAAAUCGGUGUCCAACAUUAAGGGGGUUAAGAUCAAGGUCAUCUCAUCGGUUCUCCAGCUGUUACACAGACUUCUGACCAAUUUUGGAGCCUCUGUCAUAUGCGUGAAGACGAUAAACAAGUUCUGCUUCAAAUUUAACGAAAUGAUGGAUAAAGGUGUGAAGACCAAUUUUUAUCUCCUCUAUAUUGAAAUGCUCAGCCAGAUAAAAAACGCAGAAUUUCAAAACUGCAUUUUGAACGAGCUGAAUAGUCAACAGAAGAACUACAUCACCAAGGAACUGCAGAAGGAGGAGUACCAAAGAGGACCAGGGGCGAAACCCUGGGCGAGUACCUACCUCCUAAACCAGUGCAGUAGUGGUCAGCGUGGGCUCAGCGGAGAUGGCAUGAUAGAUGAAGAUAACCGUCUUCAUGAUAACUCCUUCUCAAAUAAUCUAAACAACUUAAUUGAAGAGGCUGACGUUUUCAAGGAAAUCUGCACAAAGCAGUGGGAAAAAAGAGUCCUCGAAGGAUGCAUCGACAAGAACGUCAGCAGUGGAAGAAGCGGAAACAGUGGAAACAGCGGAAACAACAACAGUAGUAACAACUCCUUGAGCAAUGAAAACUUAUUGCCAUGGAAAAUCAAAGUUGAAGCCAUCAAUCUUUUAUACGACAAAAUGAAGGCCAAAUGUGUAAUUAAGAAGACGCCAUAUAUUAGCACCAUUUUAAACAUAAUUAGUAAGCUCCUAAAAAAUGAGUCUGCUCUCCCCGUCGUUGUGUCUACCCUUAAGCUACUUCACAUGCUGAUUGAGAAGUUUGAAAAAGAGAUAUAUACCACGGUGAAGUCCUUCUCUUUCGUCCUGUGUGCAAAAUUGAAGGAUUCAAACAAGCAAGUAUCCAAUGCGUGCAUGGAAUGCUUGACCAAGGCGAUUUGUGUUUAUAAUAUGGAUAUUUUUAUCGAUGAUUUGUCGAAGAAUCUGAAGGAUAAAAAUAAUAACACGAGAAUGGUUACCCUUGAUUUUCUGCUCAAAGUGUUUGAUUAUGUGGACAAGAAGAACGUGGUUUCCAUCAUCGAAAUCACAAAGCAUCUGCUGAACGACACCGUUGCGAAUAUUAAGAACAUGGCAUGCAAACUUUACUCCCUCAUUGUGACGAAUUUCGGGGAAGAGGUGCACCCCUCCUUCUUCAGCUCCCUCCCCUCGAACAAGAAGAAGUCCAUUUUGGCGCUCUGCUCGGGCGGCAGCGGGGGGGGGAAGACCAAGCCGGAAAGCGGCGGUGCGAGAAGUGGCGGAGGAAAUGGCGCAGGAAGCGGGGGAGGAAGUGGCGUAGGAAAUGGCGUAGCAACUGGCGUAGGAAGCGGUGGAGCAAGUGGUGUCGCUACUGGUGUAGGAAGCAGCGGUGCCGCCAGCCAAGGCGAUAACAUCGAAUCGGUGCUACCCAGGACCAUCACCACCAGCCUGAAGUCAAAUAACUACGCCACGAAGAUAGAAGCCAUACAAGAGUUGAUCAAAUGGAUCAGCUCCGAAAUGAACAUGGCCAAUGUGCAUCUAGAGCAGCUGCUACAUUUUAUAAAAAAAAAUUGCUACGAUUUUAAAGGCAAGUACAUCCAGUUGAAUAAUUCAAUAUAUGACUUUUUCAAUCAUCUGGUGGAUCACCUAUACCAUUUUAAUAUCCACCAAGGGAACAACCCCCACUUUGUUAAAGUUAUGAAUGUCCUCAUUCCACUUUACAUGGAAAAGACGAAGGACAAAAAGGACAGCGUCCUUUGCAACAACUUCCUUCAGAAAUGCUUCCACUAUUUCGACAACAACGUCAUUAUGGAUAUCUUGAUAAAGAACAGUGACGCGAAGAAUGCUAAGAAGUGUGAGGAAUGUAUCAAAAUGUUGCAGAAGUUGUUUCUCUCCAGGGGGGCCAACUCGGGUCCGAACACGGGAGGGAGUUCCUCUGCGAAUGGCUCCUCCGGGAAUGGAUCCUCCACCCCCAGCGUUAACGUAAAGAGUCUCAUCUUUUUCCUAAAAAAAUUUGUCGACUCGAAGAACACAAAUUUGAAAAACUCGUCAAUGCUUCUGUUGCAACUGUUGAGCAGGAAUUAUGGGGACAAAUAUGUACUGUCCCACUUGGAGGGCAUCUCCGAGAAUAUCCGGAAGUUGGUUAAAUCGAAGGAGGACGUGGAGCGCUUCGUGCAGAGGCAGGCGCUGCAGUCCUCAGCCUCGUUGGUGCACACGGCGGAUACGAACAAGUGCAGCGGUGGAAGUGGUGGUAUCGGUGGUAUCAGUGGUAGCGUCCGUGCUGGGGAACGGGGCAAGAACCCCGGGGCUGCUCCCCCGGUGCUGUUUGCGCCCCAAUGGGACGAGGAGCCACAGGGGGGGGACUCCCAGGUUAGCGGCCAUGUUAGCGGUCAUCCAAGGGGCCAUCCAGGGGAUCAAACUAGUGCUCAUUUACGCGGCCGAAACACCAAAUGGGAGGACGGCAACCAAGAGGAACCCCCCUCGAGGGCUCACAGCAACACGGUCGAAAUAGACUACACAAAUGCGUACCUAAAUUAUAAGAGCACCAAAAUAAUUGCAAAGAAAGAGGACGGUGAGGAGCAGUUCUCCGCUCGCAUGAAAGGAUCGGAUGCUCAGGAGAAGUGGAAAGUGGAAAAUGGGAACGACCAGGUAGAAUACGACGAGGGGGAAGACGAAAGAGAUGGGGAUGUCGACCAAGAUUACCAACCGGAGGAGGACGGAGAAGACGAGGAAGAAAAAAUGGUCAACAUAAGUGACAUGGUUAAGCAGCACGUGAACCAUAUAAUGAGCGAAGGAAACCACACCAGUAAUCACAUCCAAAAAAUUAUUAACAUAAUCGAGAAGGUGGGAAAAUACUAUAUUAACCCCAACAAGCUAGAGGUCCUUCUUAACAAAGACACCAUGCAGCGAAUUCUAAGUAUCAGUAAGAGCAAAUGCGCGGAGCUGCUGUAUGUCCUCAUGUUUUCGUUAAGGGAUAAUGUGGACCUAUUCGUGGAUACCAUCCUGGAUUGCAUCAUCCGGAUGAUUGAAGACGCAGACGUCAGCAUUGAACAGAUCGAUAAGUUACUCUCCUGUAUGUGUAAGAACGUGGGGAUUUCGAAAUACAUUGGGCAUAUAAAUGGGUUCAUUAUGAGCGAGAAGUUGAGCAAUAUGCGGGAGGAGGGGGGGACUACUGCUGCCAUCCAUGCGAGUGGUCAAUCGAGUGGCCGUCUGGAUAGCCAAGGAAAGCGACCCGCCAAGAGGAACAAAAUACAAGUGCUCAUUAACAAUAUCAAUAGCAACCACAUUCUGCUUUUAAACGAAAACGUUAUUAAGAAGAAGGUCCUGAGAUUUUAUCUGGACCUCUUUUUUGAUGACAGUGAACAAGUCAGGCAAAAGGCUAGCAUAGUGUUGGAUCAUAUCUAUGCAAAGUACAAGGGAACCAUUUUUUUAGAAAUCUAUGAAAAAUUAUCUCUUCACAAGAAGGAGUGUCUCCAUGACAUUAUAAAUCAAAUGAAGAUAUCAAAGGAGGACUUCUCCUUUUACUCCAUUGUUAUGUCUAACAGUUCACAAAUGAAGAGAAUUUCAAACAACGAAAAUAGUCUGAGUGCCACCACUCCGACCAUGUCUAAAUCGAGGAGCAUUAAAAGGCUUAGCUCCAUUAGCAAAAAUAAAAUUCUAAAAAUUGAAUUUCCCCCUUAUCACAAAAUAAAGGUGGAUACUUUGAAGUGGGAGAAGCACCUUGAUCAGGCACACACCAACUACCUCAUGAGGGAAUUCAAGCCGUUCAGCAGUUCGGAACUGAUUCAGCACAUGUUUAGUGACAAUGCGAAUAUGGUUAACAGGAGCAUCCUCUUUUUUAAGGACUACCUGAGCAACAGCUCCAACCAGUCGACGUUUUUCUCCAAGUCAGGCUUCCUGGACUUGCUGCUCAAGUGGAUCUUCUACACACUGAAUGGCCACCAAAACAACAACGAGCUGCUCUGCGCCUGCAUAAAUUUGCUGCGGAUAAUUCUAAAAACGAUUGAAGACAACUAUGUGUACCUGAAUGAGCAGGAGCUGGUCAUUUUGGUCAACUUCAUUUGGGACCGCAUGAACAGCGAGGUGACCUCCUCGGAGAUGCGAAAAAAACUGAAGGAAAUCCUCCUCUGUCUGUGCUAUAUCUCGGAUCACAAGCUUUACUUUUCCCUCCUGUUGAAGAACCUUUCCUUGUGCAACCAGAAGCGUAUAUGCGACUCGCUGGACAUAAUCUUGAAGCUCAUCAUCCUGUACAAGGAGAAAUGCCUGCAUCUGGAGAAGGACGUGAUGAAAAUUUUGCAGGUGUUCACAAUUCACAGCAAAAACAAAAACGUGACGAUGUACUGCCUGAAGAUUUUCGCGAACAUCCAGUCCUUCUGCCCCAACUUCUACAAGUGCAUUGACAACGACGACAUCUCGACCUAUCUAAAAAGGAAAGUUGACGAAUUUGUUGAAAACUGCCCAGAUUACAAGAUUUCCCCGAAGGACACUGAAGACGACGAGAAUAACAGCUCCUACCAAAGUGACGACUCCGAAGGCAUUUCCAAAGAGGAGGGAAACCCCGAACUGGCGGCCUACUUGAAGAACAACGCAAGUCAGAGGAACUCCAUAAGGAAGGAAGUGGAAGGACACGUGAACGAGUUCCGCAAAAACGUCGAGGAAGUUCUAGAGGUAAAAAAAAAAAUCGAAGAAAUCGAAAUGGAUCGGACAAAUGAAGACUACAUGAACGACCAAAUAUCCUACGUGAGCAUCUCCAACAAUUUAAAGUUUGCAAUUGAAGCAAAUAGCUACUCGAGGAAUAAAGAAAUUUUCCACAUUCUGGAAUCUAAAAAUAAUGACAAGGUGGAGGGCUCAAACAGCUAUGAGAAUUCUCUGGUGUACUUCCGCUUCGUAUACUUGGCUUCUUUUCUCUACUCCAAUGAUGUGGAGACCAUUUCGAAGGUGUGCAAGAUCAUCGUUGACAACAUCGUGCAGGUCGGGAAGAAAAGCAAAAACGGGAAUUUCAUCCUAAAGGAAAACGGCAACUACAUUUUUAAAAACUUCAAUUUGUUUAUCACCCUAAUUAAGGGAGCGAAUUACUCGCUGAGGUUCCUAUUCCAGAAAAGCUUUUCGAAGGACAUAAAUGCAUCGUUCAUUCACUUCAAUGCGAUCCUAAGUAAUGUCCUGUUGGUGGACAUUCUAAUGAAGAAGAAAAGCUGCAUCGCAAGACUCUCCUUCAAUCAUUUCUCCUUUUUUUUUAUAAAUACGAUAGUCUGUUUGAGUAUAUAUACCAAGGUCAUUCACACCAAUAGGUACAUUUACUUUUUUAAAAAUGGGUCCAUCGCGAGAAGUCUCGUAACCAGCAUUCUUAACAACCUACUGGGGAGAGAAUUUCUGACAAGCCACUCGAAGAUCCUUGAAUAUGUCUGUAACGUGUCCCUAAACCUAGGGUUCGACAUCAUGAAGAAUAGCAAGAUUCUGUUGGAUGAUCUCAGUGAUACCAGUGAAUUCUAUAUCUACACAAACACAUACAUCAAGAUAUUGAAUAAAAUUUAUAAAAAGAUUAUGAACAAAAUUUGUGAGGAAGAUCGGAAAGACAAUCCUUUCGUCUACAGGAUUCUGCAUCUUCUCUUUUUAAGCCUGAACCGAUAUGACAUUUACUUGGGUAGGAUCCAGGGCGAUCGGAACAGGAAGAGGAAAAUGGAGGGCGAGCAGAAUGAUCUUCUCGUCGGGGGAAGUCACAACUCUGGGUCGUUUUAUAGCAAGAAGAUAUGCAAUAGUGAGCGGGUCAGUGAAAGGCUCAGCGAGGAUGCGACUGGCGAGGGGGGCGGCGUCCUCCCGGGGGAAAUCUUAGACCAUUCCAUUUUUGACUGUCGCACGAUUUAUUAUGAAAACUUGGGCGCGGUUCCCUGUGGUGGGGGUAACAUCGCCGGGGAGGGAAGCGGUGGAGUGGCUACUGGGAGCGGUGUAGUAACUACAGGCAACGGUGCAACCACUUCUGGAAGCGGCGCGGUGACUUCGAGCUGCCCCGUCGGGAACAAUGACACCCUGAGCUGUUGCAACCCGGCGAGGCCAGGCUUCGGCUCCGUGAGGGGAAGUCUCGGAACGGGCCGGGGGAGCAAUUCGGGAAGGGGCAGCAUCCCCCCGCGAGGGAGCAACACGCAGAUGAGAUCAGGCAAUACACAGCUUCGACGGAGCAGCUUGCAGCUUCGAUUGAGCGGUACCAGCAGGACGGCGAGUGUCACCCAAGACGUAGACAAUGAGCCCACUGCGGAUGCGCUGAAGCCAGGAUGCAACAACACAAACGAGACCGCCUACUCCAGAGAAGAAGCAAAAAAAGUACACGAAAGCAGAAUGGACUUCAUGACAAAGUACCUUUUUUUCAUUCAACUUAUCUUUUAUGGAAUCAAAAAAAACAAUCCACUAAUUUUACUAGCCUAUAUAAAUCACGAAAUUAAGAAAACACACUCGCUCAAUCUAACCUUCUAUUAUUACAAAAUGGAAAUGUUGCUGAAUAAAGAUGUGAGAAACUGCGUGCCAACGAUCAAUCUAAACACAUCAGGAGAGUUCUAUGGAUUGGAUUUCUCCUUCGAGAAGUUUCUACAUCAGCAUGAAGAUCUGGAAAGAUUAGAAGAACCCAUUUUUAGUUCCUACAAAAAUGUAUUCAGUCAGUCUGCCAAUUUCGACUCAGAAAUUAUUUACAACAAUUUCGAUCUCUCCAUCGAUGAUGCAGUACACAAGAAAAGAGAGUUCCUUGAAUCGCUAAAAAUGAUGAAUGUGAAUGAAGUGGCAUUCAGCUCAAAGAAGUAUGAGCAUUUGAAGGCAGCUAUUUUGGAUUACAUUAACGAAUUGGAGAAUACGGAGGUGCUGGAUGAUGUUCUUCAGAGUGUUGACCUCGUAUCGGAUUAUAACUUCCUUUGCACCAUGUAUAGGAUCCCGAAGGAAUUGGAGAAGCAGCCCCCUGCAGGGGGCGAGGAGAUCGCUUCGGGGGACUGUACAAAGGGGGACGCUGCAAAGGUAGAUGAUUCAAAGGGGGACAGUGAAAAGGAAGACGGUCCAAAAGACCACCCCGUAAGAGACCCCCUCGAGGAAAACCACCGGCCAGAAAAACGGAGCGAAACGAAUGUAAUCCAGCAAGACGAUCAAAAGGUGCCCAAUUUGAUGAACGGGGAGAGGAAUCUAACCGAGCGAAAGGAUGAAGGCAAUCCGGAGAAAAACGAUCAGAGGGAGGAAGACGAAGAAGGAGGCAACCCAGAGAAAACCAAUCAAAGGGGGGAAGAAGAAGAAGACGAAGAAGACAAAAACCGCCAUCGGAACGACCUAACACAUGGACGUAGCACCCAAAAUAACCUUCCCGAAAAGGAAAAGAAUGACGUGACAUUUAUUAGUCGCAGUAUUUACCUACGAAACGAAACUGUGGAAAAUAUUGACAUGAAUGAAUUGCGAUUCAAAUAUGAUUCUGCUCUGAGGGAGUCACCCUGUGGUAUGGCUGAGAAGGGAGAUUACGGCUUCCUCGUGAAAGACAGUAAAGAGAGUGAACCGAAUCAGAGGGGUGCCAACUCAGGGAUUGUCCCUAAAGAAGGAAUGGAAAGCCACUCCGGAGAAAAGAAGCAUAACCCCAGUGCUUUAUACGAUAAGAAGGACCCCCUGAAUAUUUUUAACAGUAGCAGAUUUGAAGCACAUAGAAGACGUGGAGGGGACCAAAAUGAAGAUCCGCUGCAGACACACACAGAUCAUCAAAGAAGGGGAGAGAGCCAGGCUAAGAAGAGCCACUUUUACUCCGACCCGAGCAAGUACCAAGCGGAGCAGAAACACACAAAUGAUAAUCCUCCUAGUGGUCAUAAAAAUAUACACAAUGAAGAGGACACACAAGGGAAUAAAACAGAUUAUCGCAUUAGCGUCUUCGCAGCGGAAGGGGAGAGUAAAGGAGAACAUGUCGAUGGGCAGGGAAGCUUCUCCAUAAAAAGGACAUCUCUGCGUGGGGAAUCAAGCGAGUCAGCGGCAGGGGAGAGGUUUCCCCCUGGACCCCCCACUCAGACCGUACAACAGACCCGACUUCGAAGCAGCGCAGAGGUGGUAAGUAAGACACAAAUGGGAGUUAAAGACCCUGCCAAAGAGAGAACCAGUGCAGACGUGAGGGGGAAAACUAGGGGGGGGAGCACCCUAAGAAGUAGAACCCCGCAGUACACUGAGCAUACGUCACGGACUCCCCACACGGAUAAGACAAUGACUGCAGAGGAGAAACCCCAUUGCGUGCUGAAGAGGGGCAAGUCGAACGACGGGAAAUACAAGUGGUCUGAUUACGGAGGGUCCAGUGUAAUCAGUGGAGACAGGCAAAACGGGUCUUCCUUCUGUGCGGGAGCUGCCACGGGAGGGGGCCACGAUAGACCCCUUACAAAGUCAAAAACGAACGUAAAGUAUUUAAUAAAGAAGUACGAAAGUCAAAGGGACAUUAUGGGUGGAUCUAACAGCGUGAAAUCUGCCUCCAUUUCUUCAAGGGGCAAAAAUGUGGAAUCCUUAGCCCUAGGCAGCAACGGCAGUAGCACCUUGAACAGUGGAGCAAACCAUCAGCACAGAAGCAGAGCGAACCGAGUGGAUAAUUCGCUAAGUAAUACCAAAUUACCGUCUUUUCAAAUGGAUAAGAGAAAGAAAUACCUCUACGAACGGAGCAUGAGCUCAUCAUUUGAUGUUAAGACAAAAGGAGGAGACACACAAAACGUCGCUAACAUCAUGAGGCAAAAUACUAUCAUAAGACAUUCCGACGUUGGCAAUAAUUUCAUGAAUACGUCCCUGAUCAAUAAGGGAAAGAAAAGCAGUUUUCCUCACGCAAGUCACAGCAACAGUGUGAGCAGCAGAAACGGGGCCACUGACACUGGCAGUGGCAAUUGGAAGAACCACGUCGCGCCACCCAGUCAUUCCACGAAGAGAAAAAAUAACAUUGAAAACCUGAACAAGUAA